AUGUGGUGGGAAAUGGACGGUGAAAACCAAAAGAUUAGCGAGCAGGCGCUCAAUACGGCGGAUAUCUACAAGGGACUUUCCCUGCCGAAACGUAUCGAUAGUCCUUAUCAAUUCACUGGAUAUGGGUCGCAACAGGAAGGACGGAAUCCCAUAUAUCGUACCUCAAACGCUGACUACGGCUACUAUCCACCAUGCCCUCAUACCGUGCCGCACAAAUACUUCCCAAAAUCACACAAAUUCACGGGCCAUCUCUACCAGUGUGGCAUGUUUCGAAACUACUCGCUCAAUACCGCCGUGGAUCGUCCGUAUUGCAAAUUUAACGAAUAA